UGCUAAUCCUGCUGCCCUCAAUCUGUGUGGAAGAGGCAAGGAGGACGCACACUCCGUGCCUGCCUCCGACACUAUUACAACUACUAUUGGCUCAGCUUUGACACUGCCUUCAAAUAAAAAAAAAAAAUUUUUUUAAUUUUAUUUUCUUAAAUUCUUUGGAGUUCAUUCUUUUUCGGGCUUUAACAUGUCCGUUGCAACAAGUGUUGCAGAAAACAAGACCAGUGAUACUAACAAACUGGAGUCAGUGAUACAGAGGUUGGAGGAGAGUGUUUUAUCUGAUGAGAAGAGACUGACCGUUCGAGGCCCCUCGCCGGAUUCUCCCCCUACAUGUCUACCAGCAAGAGUUCGUGAGAUUGUCACACAAAACCUCAACGAAAACUCCACGGAGGCCAUGUCCUCUGUCAUGUCCCUCCAGGAGGAGAACAGAGUCCUUCAGGGAGAGCUGGCCAAACUAGAGGAUCUUUUGGCCCACAGCAGAGCAGACCGCGAUGAACUGGCAAUCAAGUACGGCGCUAUCAGUGAGAGGCUGGAGCAGACAUUACGUUUCGAUUCAGGGGACGGCGACCGUGACUCCCCAGAGUCUCGCAGUCUGGCUCAGCAGAAUGUGGAUCUGCGUAGGCGACUAGAUGAGGAACAGGCAUCCUACAAGAGAAAGCUCACUGCGUAUCAGGAGGGACAGCAAAGGCAGGCACAGCUCGUGCAGAAGUUGCAGGCAAAGGUUCUUCAGUACAAAAAGAGGUGUGGCGAUCUGGAACAGAUGCUGCAGCAGAAGUCGUCAGACUUUGAGAAACCUAGGCUGAGUGAUUCCAGUGAAACUUCAAAUGGUCGUUGUGCAGACGAACCAGGCAGCAACCUGGAGGAUGCUUUAAUCCGUCUGGAGGAAGAACAACAGAGGAGCAGCAGUCUUUCUGCGGUGAACGCCAUGCUGAGAGAGCAGCUAGAACAAGCCAGUUUGGCCAACGAGGCUCUCAGCCAGGACAUCCGCAGACUCACCGCUGACUGGACGAAAGCCCGGGAAGAACUGGAUCAAAAGGAGUCUGACUGGAGGAGAGAGGAAGAGUCUUUUCAUAGUUACUUCAGCAGUGAGCACAGCCGUCUGCUUGGUCUGUGGCGCCAAGUCGUUGGCUUUCGUAGGCACAUCUGUGAUCUGAAGAGUGCCACUGAAAGAGACUUGUCAGACAUGCGUAACGAGCUGGCUCAGGCAUCACAUUCUGCUCAGGUGUCCUGCACGAGUCUGUCUGCCACGCUGCACACCAGAGAGGGUGGAGCAGCGCUGGCUCUGGACCGCGAGAAGGCUGUCAGAGUCCAAAUGGAGCAGCAAUUGAGGGAACGCGUGACGGAAAUGAUGAACCUUCAGGCCAGGACAGAUGCAGAGAGGAGUGAGCUGAACCUUAGAUUGUCGGACGCGGUGCGUGAGGGGGAAAGACUGAAGGGCAAAGUUGAGGAGAAGGAGAGAGAACUUGUACUUCUGUCAAGGAGACUUGAGGAGCAGAGCAGUAAUGACGGUAGUGACAUGCAGCUGAUGAGAGCUCACACUGAGACACUGCUGGACACGCUCCGGGACAUUGCUCAGACUGUGUUGACAGAUGCUGAGUCGUCUUCGGAGGCAGACCAGGACAACUCUGCCGCUCCUUUGCUGGCCUUUAUCCAUGGUUCCUCCCCUAGCGCUACUCCUCGCAGGUCAUCCUCCCCUUCGAGGCUCACCUCGCUGUCUGCUACUACGGAGACAACCCUGUCGGCGCUACGCUCAGCAGUCACACAUAAGACGCUCCAGCUGCAGGAUGCUCGAGGACGUCUGCUGUCUGCCCAGUCCAGCAUUCUUCAGUUACGAAAGCAGCUCGCAGAGGCCGAAUCUGCUAGAAGAGAGGCAGAUCAGCGACAUCAAACGCUGCAACGAGAGCGCGACGCUGCACAGCGGGACAAGGAGACCAUGCAGCGAGAGAAGGACCGCCUUCGACAGGAGAGAGACACUCUGGCCAGUGAGAAAGUGAGUUUGGAGAAGAGCAUGAAGGCGGCGCAGAGCACUAAUCAGACUCUGCAGAUGGACUGUGAGAAGAUGCAGCUGGUUCUGACAUCCACGCAGCGGGAGAAAGACCACCAGAGGGAGGAGAAAGAAGCUGCCUUUCAGGAGAGGGACCGGGCAAAGGCUGAGGUUCAAAGGAUUCAGAAGCAGUGGGACCAGAGCGAAAGCCGAGCAUCUGCCCAACGUGGUGAGCUUUCUGCAGUGAAGGAAACUCACCAACAAGCUGAAGUAGAGAGGCAGUUGCUGGAGAAAGAGAGAUCUCAACUCUCUGAAGCACUCACUCGGGCUGAGAGCAGCAAUGCAGAACUGUCUUUACUGAUUAAUAAGCUCCAAUCUGAGGAUGCAGCACUCAGGGACUCUUUGGCCAAAAUGGGCAGCAUGAAUGAGGCGCUGUCCCAAGAUAAAAUCGAUCUCAACACCUACAUCCUUCAGCUGGAGGAAGAAAAGGCUCUGCUGCUCACUCGGAAACGCGAGGCCGAGCAGGAGAAACUGACCAUCAGAGAUGAACUGGUCCGGUUGGAGCAGGACCGAAUGGAGCUGGACUCCACCCGCAUCACUCUGCGCCAGUCGCUACAGGACACUGAGCUAACCCGUGUGGGGAUGGAGGCGGAGCUCCACACUCUCAGGGCUGAGAGACUUAAGCUGCAGGAGAAAGUCACGCAGCUCUGCGCUGAGGUAACCUCUCUGGGUUCUGAGCUAAGCCUUGCCAGAGGAGAGGGCCAGCGGAACGAAGCAGCCUUGGAGGAGGCGGGGCGCAGCCGGGCAGAACUAGCGAGAGACAAAGCAGCUCUUCUCGUCCAGCUGACGGCAUCAGAGAGAGAAAACAGCGCACUUUCGGAAGAAUUGUCUGCUUACAGGUCUGAGCGUGAGUCUUUGGAUGCUACCCUGUUUGAGGUACAGCAUCAGCUUGCUCAGGUGGAGUCUCACAAAGAGCAACUUUUAGCAGAUAACCAAAACCUUCGAGUGCGCACGGACACAGCAACAGCUGAGCUACGGCGUGCUCGAUCUGAGGCAGAGAGCGCGCUGGUCCAGGCUGAAAAGGAGAAACACACUUUCACUCAGACUCUGAAUACAGCGCAUCUGGAGGCCCAGCAAGCUUUACGUAAGGCUACCUGUGAACAUAAGGAUGAAGUUGAGAAGCUUGUCGCAGAAAAGGAGUCCUUGAGGCAGAGCCUCACAGAAGCCCAUGAUGGCACUCUGAGGAAGCUGAGGCAGGAGUUGGAGGAAGAGAUUCACAAAGUACAGAGAGAAAAGGAUGAGCUACAGACUGAUCUGAAGACUGUUCUGCACGAUCGAGAUCAGAGCCUGCUGCAGGCAGAAACAGAAAAACAACAGGCUCUGUCACUGAAGGAGGCUGAAAAAGCAGCGUUGUGUGACAGAGUGUCUAGUCUCCAGGCCGAGCUGUCAGCUUUGACCCUCGAGGCUGAGCGCAAGGCCCGAGCAUUGGCUAUUUGCAAAGAGCAAGAACAGGCCAAAGUUGGCGCUUUAACCAGUGCGCUGCAGGAGCUUCGGUCACAACUCGAGGAUGCAUCCAGUCUUCACGAAAGGGACCUUCAAACUCUGCGAGAGACUCUUGCUGACUUUCAGUCGCGUGCUGAUAGUGCCGUCAAAGAGCUGGACAAGUGCAGAGCUUCUCUGGCCAUCAGUGAGGAGAGUCGAGAUGAGCUCAGGCGAGAAACGCUGGAGACCGAGCGUCGUCUCAACCAAGCAAAAGACGAGGCGGAAAACUACAGAAGGGAAGGCACAGAAAUGCGUCGCAGCCUGAGUGACAUCUCUAAGGAGAGAGAUACUCUCAGCCAGUCCAACUGCCAGCUUAGGGAAUCUUUACGAGGGGCUGAGACUGAAAGGAUCAGUUUGAGGCGACAGUGUGAGGAGAAGGAGCAGCGACUGGUAGUGCUGCAGGAGAAUUUUUCAUCCACUCAAAAAGAAGUGACGGAGCUGCGUAGCUGUCUUCGGGAAGUAGAAAGGUCACGGCUGGAGGCACGACGGGAGCUGCAGGAGCUGCGCAGACAACUGAAGGUCCUGGAUGGAGAAAAGGAGCAGAAAGGCCGAGAGGUAGCGGAGCUACAGACCCGCUUAUCACUGGAGGAGCAGCGAGAAGAGGAGAGAGGGAAGGAGGUUUUUACCCUCAAGCACAAGUUGACUGAAGUCGAAAAUGCUCGAGACUCCCUGAAGAAAGAGCUCAGCUUGGUUCAGAAGCGGCUGGCCGAGUCAGAGUCUGCCUGGCGGCUCAGCGAGAGAGAACUGACCGCUCAGCUUCAGGAGGCCCGAGGCAGUGAAAAGAAGCUACAGGAUGAAGCCAAGAACUUGUCACUGCGCACCCAGGCGGCUCAGGACUCUGCCAGCAUAUACAGCCUGCAAUUGAGCGAGGCCCAGGGCCGCCUGGCCGCCACCGAGGCGGAGCUCACGCGGGCCGAGGCCUCUAGAAGAGACCUGGAGUUUCGUUUGAGCGGCCUCCAGUCGGCGCUGACCAGAACCCUGGGUAUUAGCGCUGGAGGAAGAGGGGUUCGAGGGAGGAGCCCCGGGGCAAGCUCUGCUUCAGCCAGCCCCGUGUCACGCCAUCACAGCAUCUCUCCGCUACGUUCUUCUCUCUCGCCUCCUAAAGAAUUUCACACCAGCACCCCUGACAAUACUCUGGGUUCCCGAGCCGUUUCUCCUGAAAGAGAAGGCACGCCUCUCCCUCUACACCAACCAGAUCUGGACCCUGACACUCUUCGAAGUGGUCUGAAGGACUUCCUCCUGGAGCUCCGUGAAGCACAGAGAGAGCGGGAUGACGCUUUGUGUCAGUUGGUGGCUUCUCAGCGAGAAGUGGACGAGCUGAAGGGGAAUCGAGACUUGGCACAAAGUCGUCUCGUCCAUCUGCAAAAGAACCUGCAAGAAUACCAAGAAGGCAAACGAGGCCUGGAUGAGCAACUGGCACAAGCUCAGCUUCAGCUUCACCAGCAGGAAGAGGCUGUCAGGAGAGGCGACAGAGAGAGGAGGACGCUCACCGACAGGGUGAAGGAGCUGGAACGUGUGCUACAGACCUUUGAGGUGGAGAAGAAACACACACAGGAACAACUGGAUAAGCAGCGAGCUGCUGAGGCGCGUCUGGAGGCUGAGAGGAAGCGACUCCGGGAGGCACUUGAGGCGUCCGAAGCGCGGACCACCCGGGUUGAGGUGGGACGACGGAGUCUGGAGGGGGAGCUGCAGAGACUCCGACUGAGCCUUGGAGACCGCGAGGCAGAGAGCCAGGUCUCCCGUGAUCGCUAUGAUGUUCUUCUCAAACAGGUAGCGGAAGGCGAAGGCCAAAUAUCCCUGUUGCAGAGAGAAGUGGAGCGACUAAGUCAGGUUCUGCGCAAAGCUGAGGAAAACGAAGCUGUGCUGCGAGAGAAGAACGCCUCCCUCAACCAGAGUCUGCAGGAGUUGGCGGCUGCUCACGGCAGCGCUCAGAGUCGCCUCACUGCUCUGCAGAAGGCUUUGAGUAUGACGGAGCAAGAGAAGCAACACCUUCAGGAGCGAAUCGAUGAAUCCCGCUUAUCGUUAAGCGAAGCCAGAAGGAACAUGGCCACCCUUAAUGAGCGCAUGCACAGCCUGCAGAGUGAGCUGCACCAGAGUGAGCUCCAACGAGAGGAACUGGAGUCCGAAUUCACCAAGACACAAGAGACUCUGCGGCAGCGUUCGGCCAGCCUUGCCGAGGCACAGCGCGGUGCUCAAGCGGCUCAGACGGAGCGAGCGACGGUGGAGGAACGUUUGCGAGCUCUUCAAAGGGCUGUGGCCAUGCUAGAAACAGAAAAGAAGGAUGCCGAGAGACAGGCUGUGAGGCUGGAGAAGGAUAAAAAUGCCUUAAGGAAUACGCUUGAUAAGGUCGAGCGUCAGAAGCUGAAGAGCGAAGAGGGCAGCAUGCGUCUUUCGGCCGAAAGAAACCGCUUGGAUCGUUCCCUGAACACGGCUGAACAGGAGCUGCAGGAAUCCCAUCAGCAGAUACUUAUACUGCAGAAGACACAGCUGGCUGACAUGGAACAGUCCCACAGCUUGUGCGAGAGUUUGGUCAGGCAGCGUGAUGAGACCCAGCACGAGGCCGAGAGGCUUAGAGCCAGCUUCAGGGAUCUGGAGAAGACUUUCGACUCCAGGGAACGCACACAUCGACACCGGGUCAAAGGUCUGGAGGAGCAGGUGUCAACUCUGAAAGACCAGCUACAACAGGAGAUGAAACGACGGCAGCCUUCACUUCCGUCCUCAUUUCUAUCGACGCCUAACUGAAAGAGGAAGGGGCGUCCGUGUCACCGUCAGGGAAAAUUGCACACCAGGACUGAAGGCAAAUAUGUGCACUUAGAAGCCACCCUAUUAUGUACAGUUGCACAAUUGAUAGCCUCAUUUGUCUAAACCAUGUUUACAUUAAAUACAUUCAUAUUUGCACUAUUACUGAGAGAUAUCCCUCAUACUGUAAUUUGCUUACAUUAUUCAGCGAAAGUUGUGUUCAAACUAUUAGAAAAGCUCUCAAUGUCAAGUACAGUCAAAAAUAUUGUUAAUUAAGUAUCUGUUAAAGUCUCAAUCAAAAUGGAUCAUAAUUACUGUAGGUUUGAAAAGGCAAAAUUGGUUGUCAUAAAGUUGUGCAAUUGUACCUAAUAAAGUGGCCACUACCUGUCAUUUGAAUGAAGUAUAAGCUAUUUAUCUUCCACAUUCCCAUUAUUAUACUAACAGAGGAAGAUUGCCAGAAAAAGCUGAAAGGCUUACUAAUUUUGUUUACUAACCAUAAAAUGUCACAUGCUUCGAUGUGGCUGUGAAGUAUUUUUUUUAUUAUUCUAAUCGUUUCAAUUGUAUUGGUUCACUGUGUAAAUGCUGCAAGUUUUUUCCAAACGUUUACAGGUCAAGUCCAAAUGUGGUUUCUCUAAAGUGCAACUACAGUUCCUUUAGCACAUUGUGUGACAUAAUGUCAGCAUAUGUAUACUGUACUUAAACUAAAGAAUAAAUAACAUAAAAUGUACAAAAACCUAAAAAGCAUUUGGUUAACAGCUAAUGGGACAUUUCUAGUCCCAACUUUAAAGGGAAGUUCAAAAUUUUUUACAUUAGGCUUAAUCUUUGAGUUAGCGCGGGUUAAAUUAAUUUGUGGAUAGAUUUCAACAAAUUCUGUGCAGUUUUUUAGUUAUUUAUGUAUUUCAGGGCCCUAGAUUGGCUAAGCUAGUGUGAGUCAGUGGUCCCUUCCUAGCAUGCCAAUAAAAACGAUACUAACAGAUCUAACAUUGUCAAAUAAUUUCAAAAUUCAGAUUGUUGUUCAAAAUACCCAUGCGGCCAAAUCAAUGUCACACCAAACUGCCGUAAUUCAUUUAUUUCUACGGGACUAUUUUUUUUAGCUGUGUAAUGCGCCCACAAUGGAGAGGAGUGCUUUGGCCACUCGUGCUCAUGCUGCAUUCGAGCAAGGUGGGAAAUCGGACUUAUCCCGCUCAGAUGGUACCGGAUGCAACCUCAAAGCGUUCCAAGCAUUUUUUAUUUUGGCCAUCAAAAGACAUGUUGACCUCCAGCAAACAUGGCUUCUCGUAAGCGAUCAAAUAGUGGAGGAAAAACGACAGCUUAGGUAAAUAGACUACACUGCAUACUGCCUUCUUUAGUUUUACUAUUGACGGUCUGCUUUUCGACGGGCAGCCAUUUUGACGAGUGGCCUCUGAUUGAAGCAACUCGUGAAGUCGGGGUACUUUUUUUUUCUGACUUCGCCACUAGGACCCCCCAGUUCGAGUGGCUUUCCAAUGAUAUUUAUCCUGGUUGAAGGUUGGAAAACUCUGAUUUCCCACCUUCCUCGAAUGCAGCAUCAGUCAACAGAGUCUCGACUGAAGAGCGGCAGCAUAGUGAAACGUAUAUUUAGACACUGUGGAAACACAAGAAAUGGGCAAAUGAGAGUUUCCACAAAUUCCCUAUGAAGAACAAGGAACAAUACAUACUGUGGAUACUUGCUGCUGGCUACGACAUAAACACACCGGUGGAAAAAAUAUCACACCACUCUGCAGCCUGUUACCUACAGAGCUACUGGAUUGCAAAUGUUGCUGUUCAUACAGCAGUUAUUGACAUGCAAUGCUAAGUUUUAAUAACUUCAUCCUGAAAACAUAGACAACACUAUUGAUUGCAUAGGUCAAGGUUUUUUUUUUCAUGCAUACAUAUUAGAGGCGUGCAAAAUUUCCGAUUCUUAGUUAUUCGCGAUUCGCCCAUGGAAGAUUCGAGAACGAUUCACAAACAUCCAAAUUCCGAUUAUUGAAUUAUACCAGGUAAAGCGGAAAUAAAACGCAGUCAGCGUGGUCUUCAGGACGCAAUGAGGAACGGACUGAGAGUAAAUAUCAUGUGCAGCUAAUGCCGCUAAGUAAAAAAAAAAAAACAAUAAAACCAGACUGAGGCCGUCAGGCGCUACAAACAGCGCCCAGUUGCUAGUUGCUACAAACAUACGGCAACAUAUGGCUAUGGUACAUAUGACAUAUAUCUAGACUAGAUGUGAAAUGACAGACUUUCCCGCGCUUGUAAACAGGCGCCAUCUUAAAGCAGUAGACUUCUCUAGAAGGCUCUGUUGUAACGAACCUAAUUACUUUUUAUCUAAAAUACCCCUUAAUCGGCAAAAUCUUGACUUGAAUCUUUCUUUAAAUGAUGAAACAGUUUUAAAACUUUCACAUGUCAAAAGUAGACGUGAGGGAAAUUAUGGAAUAACGGGCGCAAUUUUAACUUUAACGGUUGAUUCACAACAUUAAAUGGCCUCCAAACAUAGCAAACGUUACUAUGUUUUUGUUUUGUUUUUUGAAAAAAAUGAAAAAAAAAAAACAUGAAAGGUAAAACCAGUUACUUACUCAAUACUCAAGAGAAUGGGGACUUGAGUAUUUUAUUAACUGUUUUUAACCGGUAACUUGAUACUAAAAUAGUAGUUUGGUUUAUUUGGCCUGAGAGGAUUUUUGAACAAUUUUUAAACAAAUAUACAAAACAUUAAAAAAAAUUUUAAAAAAAGGUGGGGGGGGGGGGGCAUCAAUAAUCGAUUUAUAAUCGAAUUGGAGUCUCUGAAUCGUAAUCGUAAUCGAAUCGUUAGGUGCCCAAAGAUUCCCACCUCUAAUACAUAUGUUGUUUUAUAUUGGCAUGCUAGGAUGAGUUCAUUGAUUUGUGCUAGCUUAGCCACUCGGAAGCCCUGAAACUAAUAACUAACUAACUAAUUGCACAGAAUUUGUUCAAAUCAACUCCACCGACUAAUUAAACCCCCGCUAACUUGAAGAUUAAGCCUAAUGUCAAAAAUGCUGAACUUCCUCUUUAAGUUUAGGAAACCCUGUGUUAAAGGUUAACACCGGCACAUGUACAGUAUGUUUGUAAAAGGAAUAAACACACUUGUUGAACUGAAAUAAACGACUCAGUCACAUGCUGAGAAGCUGUUGUAAAAAAACAAAAAACAUCUUUUAUUGUAAUUGUGACAGUUUUUACAAAGCAGCAGUUGUGCUCUGUGAGAGGCCUUUUUAAAGCAUUUUGUUGCGCGCUUGCUGCUCAAAAAGCUGAGGUCAUCUUCUUGGCUGGCGUCAGUGACAAUGAUUUGACUGAUUGAUUGUUUUUCUUUUAAGUACAGUAUAAGAAACCAACAAAUACAAAGCAUGCUAUUCUAUUAAUAUACAGUACAGUACGCAAAUCAAACGGAGAGGUCUCCGCAGCUAGUUGCACUUCUAAUACAGCACCAGUGUGAUGAGUUUAUAGCACCAGUGAUUUGUACAAUCAUCAAGCUUCUUUGGAAUAUACUGAUCUAUACACGCAGGCUCAUACAUGUGAGGGGGAAAGGCAAACAUUGAUGUGUGACAAUUAAGAGGUGUCAUUAAAGCAGUGAUUCCCAACAACUAGAUUUUCAGGUGUGCCAUCAAAGACUACUCAAAUUCACUCUUAUUAAUUGAAUACAAAUAAUGUAUCUUUGUUCAUCUAUCUACAUAAUUGUGACACUCUUUUAAUCUAAAAUAUAUAUCCACCAGUUGCCAUUCUUACAACAGAACAAUAGCAUUGCUUUAAACUAAAAAGGUCCAGAUUUCACUGUAAGUCAAUUUAUGAACUCAGACAUGAUCACCAUUGCUGUAUACAGUGAACCCCCCUACAGGCCAUGACAAUCAAGCCCUGCUGCCAAUAACUAUGAAUCAUAAAUUAAAAUGAAAGACGAUUAACUUAACUUGUUUCGAGAUUUUAUGUCGUCUUCUUGAGAUACGAGUGCAUUUCAAGCCUCCACCAAUAGAUCGUGCCAGCACACAACUUCAAUUUACCGUCAGUUCACACUAGAAGCUGCUUUGCCUACCACCCGUAAACAUUAUAGAAGACAAACAAGGAAGGGCAAUACAUAGUAUAUGGUACAGUUGUGUUUUUAUGUUCAUAUUUUCAAUGUUUUCGUGCUGUGUAGAGAGCGAGUGUUACUGUAUUUUUACAGUUCUUAUGCAGUAGUUCACAUGCAGAUAUGGAGUGCAAGUUUUCUUAGGAAAAAAACAUGUUAAAUUUAAUUUUGGUGUUUUAUCGAUGGGGCUAGAACAAAUUAAAUUUCCAUAUAAUUCAACAGCGCUAGAUGUUUUGAAUUACGAGCGUGGUCACUGAAGAAAUGAAACCUGUAUCUCAAGCCAUCGUUGUAAUUGACGCCUUCUUAAAAUGACAUUGCAUAUAGUUGUUACAAGAUGGCGACAAAUGACUGUGUAAAUGAAGCUCCGUAACUCACAGCAACAUUAAGUAAAUCUUUGCAUCAAGUUAAUGGCAAAUGGCGACAAAGAAAUGCUGUUUUUGUUUUAUACUAUGUCACUAAAACAGUAAAUCAGUUUUGCCCCAAAAUCCUUAACUGCUGAACUUCAACUAGGGAGGGUCCACUGUGUAUACAAUGUACCAAUUGUUAAAUUUUUGUUUGGUCAUGUACCAUGAGGUUCUUAUCAUGAGAAAUAUGUGCCUUGUAUCAACAAAGAUUGGGAAACACUGCAUUAUAGGACAUACGGGAGAAGUAAUGAAAAGUAAGAUGGCUGUAAUGGCUCAAAGUGGUCUCCAUCAGCAGCCACCACCGCAGCUCUUUCCACAGCUUCCUCCAACAGACCCGCAGUGCCCACUCACCGCCGCCACACCACAGCGUGAGAACUGGUCCCGACACAGGUCGGCUACAAACGGGUGAGUUGCAGGUGAGAACAUGUCUCAGGUCCUAAAAAUGUAAGAACUUACCUCUGAGCAGCUCUUCAUGUGCACACACGGUCCUAACACACACCUCCCUGUUGAUGACGUACACACGCCUCAGACUGCAAAACAGCAGAGGUAACUGAUGAAAAGCAUUGAAAUACAGGAAUACGCACAACAAAAUACAGGGUGAGGUGCAGAUUAUUCCAUUUUACAUGUAUUUUUCAUCUUGGGCCACUAGCUGUCAUGGUAUAACGGGCCCUGCUCGUUAUGGUAGCGGCAUUUCUUCAACGAGACAACUGCUUUUUGUUCCUCAUUUUUUAAGUUUAAUUUUCUGAUACAUUCAGUAGGCCUACAGUGGGGCAAAUAAGUAUUUAGUCAACCACCAAAGUUCUCCUACUUGAAAAGAGUAGAGAGACCUGUAAUUGUCAACAUGGGUAAACAUCAACCAUGAGAGACAGAAUGUGGAAAAAAAAAAGAAAAUCACAUUGUUUCAUUUUUAAAUAAUUAAUUUCCAAAUUAGAGUGGAAAAUAAGAAUUUGGUCACCAACAAACAAGAUUUCUGGCUGUCAAAGAGGUCUAACUUCUUCUAACGAGGUCGAACGAGGCUCCACUCGUUACCUGUAUUAAUGGCACCUGUUUAAACUCAUUAUCGCUAUAAAAGACGCCUGUCCACAAUCUCAGUCAGUCACACUCCAAACUCCACUAUGUCCAAGAUCAAAGAGCUGUUAAAGGACACCAGAGACAAAAUUGUAGACCUGCACCAGGCUGGGAAGACUGAAUCUGCAAUAGGUAAAACGCUUGGUGUAAAGAAAUCAACUGUGGGAGCAGUUAUUAAAAAAUUGAAGACAUACAAGCGCACUGAUAAUCUCCCUCGAUCUGGGGCUCCAUGCAAGAUCUCACCCCGUGGCGUCGAAAUGAUAACAAGAACGGUGAGCAAAAAUCCCAGAACCACACGGGUUCCACGUGAAUGACCUACAGAGAGGUGAGACCACAGUAACAAAGGCCACUAUCAGUAGCACAAUGCGCCGCCAGGGACUCAAAUCCUGUGCUGCCAGACAUGUCCUCCUGCUGAAGAAAGUACACGUCCAGGCCCGUCUGCCGUUCGCUAGACAGCAUUUGGAUGAACCAGAAGAGGACUGGGAGAAUGUGUUAUGGUCAGAUGAAACCAAAAUAGAACUUUUUGGUAGAAGCACAGGUUCUCGUGUUUGAAGGAGAAAGAAUACUAAAUUGCAUCCGAAGAACACCAUACCCACUGUGAAGCAAGUGGGAUGAAACAUCAUGCUUUGGGGCUGUUUUUCUGCAAAGGGACCAGGUCGACUGAUCUGUGUAAAGAAAAGAAUGAAUGGAGCCAUAUAUCGAGAGAGUUUGAGUGAAAAUCUCCUUCCAUCAGCAAGGGCAUUGAAGAUGAGACGUGGCUGGGUCUUUCAGCAUGACAAUGAUCCCAAACACACAGCCAGGGCAACAAAGGAGUAGCUUCGUAAGAAGCAUUUCAAGGUCCUGGAGUGGCCUAGCCAGUCUCCAGAUCUCAACCCCAUAGAAAAAUCUGUGGAGGGAGUUGAAAGUCCGUGUUGCCCAACGACAGCUCCAAAACAUCACUGCUCUAGAGAAGAUCUGCAUGGAGGAAUGGGCCAAAAUACCAGCAACAGUGUGUGACAAGCUUGUGAAGAGUUAUAGAAAACGUUUGGCCCUCCGUUAUUGCCAACAAAGUGUACAUAACAAAGUUUUGAGAUGAGCUUUUGGUAUUAACCGAAUACUUAUUUAAAUUCCUCCAAAACUCAGUAUCACUCGAACUCCCACCACAUGACCCUCAUCCUCCGUCAACUCCAAUGGCUUCCAAUUAAACAAAGAAUUACCUCCAAUAUUCUCCUCAUCAUGUUCAAAACACUUCAUGGCCUGGCCCCAUCCUAUACAGGUAGUCCCCAGGUCACGAACGAACCUGCUCCUUCGCUGGCGACGUACCCCGAACUUCUGUGUAAGUUGGAAUUAACCCUUUAAAUACCCCUAGAUCUCAAAAUAACUAUUCAAAAAGUCCAAAUGUAUUGUACUUUGUUCAAUGAUGGAAGAUACACUGCCCUGUAGUGGCAGCUUUGGGUCUGGCUGGACUGUCGCCUUAUGACUGAGGAGCAGACACUCGUGUGACAUGGAUAAAUGGCAGCUGCGCUCUGAUUUGGGUCACAUAAGGCUGUAAGUUGUUUCAGAUAAUAUAUGUUUGUGUAUGCAUUUGUAAUUAAGUUUUCAAUCUACCUCUUGUACAGUGUCUUUGAAUGUUUUGAAAGGCACUUGAAAUAAAAUGUAUUAUUAUUAUUAUUAACAUGCCUUAUAACAGGUCAAAUAGUUUAGUUAAUUUUUAAAAUAAAAAAUGGCUCUCUUCAGAAUCUGCGAAAUCAAAGCUUUUUGGAAACAAAAAGCUGAAAAAGUCCUCACGAAAGAGACAUUUGCAAAAUAAAAACAAUAGCCUUGAGGACUAAGUUCAACUUUAUGGAACAAAUAUUAAAAUGUUGGAUUAAAUUAUAUUUUAUUUUCUAUAUUUGAAAAGAUCCAUGUACUACCUUUUUCACCACUUUGGUGUACGUCGCUUUCCCACACAUCUUUAUCGCUUCUUUCAUACCCCAUUAAGCCACAGCUGCAAUAAACAAACCCCCUUUAAAAAAGGAUGGAAAAUUGACUUUGUGGUUUUCAAUAAAAACUACAACGGGUUCCAAAGAAAAUGGUCGUCUUUACAACUGAUGAUUCACAUGCGGAAAGUCUCCUGUCUUUAAUGGGUCUUUCUGUCACUAUUAUCUCUCACUUUUUGUGCUGGGAAAAAAAAAAGAUUAGCGGUCUCCAUUUCAAGGGGUUAAGGAAGUUUAUCUACAGUGGGGCAAAUAAGUAUUUAGUCAACCACCAAUUGUGCAAGUUCUCCUACUUGAAAAGAUUAGAGAGGCCUGUAAUUGUCAACAUGGGUAAACCUCAACCAUGAGAGACAGAAUGUGGAAAAAAAAAAAAAAAAUCACAUUGAUUUUUAAAGAAUUUAUUUCCAAAUUAGAGUGGAAAAUAAGUAUUUGGUGUCCUACAAACAAGCAAGAUUUCUGGCUAUCAAAGAGGUCUAACUUCUUCUAAUGAGGCGCCACUCGUUACCUGUAUUAAUGGCACCUGUUUUACCUCAUUAUCGGUAUAAAAGACACCUGUCCACAAUUUCAGUCAGUCACACUCCAAACCCCACUAUGGCCAAGGCCAAAGAGCUGUCGAAGGACUCCAGAAACAAAAUUUUAGACCUGCACCAGGCUGGGAAGACUAAAUCUGCAAUAGGUAAAACGCAUGGUGUAAAGAAAUCAACUGUGGGAACAAUUAUUAGAAAAUGGAAGACAUACAAGACCACUGAUAGUCUCCCUCGAUCUGGGUCUCCAUGCAAGUCAAAUGAUAAUAACGGUGAGCAAAAAUCCCAGAACCACACGGGGGGACCUAGUGAAUGACCUACAGAGAGCUGGGAUCACAGUAACAAAGGCUACUAUCACUAACACAAUGCGCCGCCAGGGACUCAAAUCCUGCACUGCCAGACGUGUCCCCCUGCUGAAGAAAGUACACGUCCAGGCCGGUCUGCGGUUUGCUAGAGAGCAUUUGGAUUAUCCAGAAGAGGACUGGGAGAAUUUGUUAUGGUCAGAUGAGACCAAAAUAGAACUUUUUGGUAGAAACACAGAUUCUCGUGUUUGGAGGAAAAAGAAUACUGAAUUGCAUCCGAAGAACACCAUACCCACUGUGAAGCAUGGGGGUGAAAAACAUCAUGCUUUGGGACUGUUUUUUUCUGCAAAGGGACCAAGACGACUGAUUUGUGUAAAGGAAAGAAUGAAUGGGGCCAUGUAUCGAGAGAUUUUGAGUGAAAAUCUCCUUUCAUCAGCAAGGGCAUUGAAGAUGAGACGUGGCUGGGUCUUUCAGCAUGACAAUGAUCCCAAACACACAGCCAGGGCAACAAAGGAGUGGCUUCGUAAGAAGCAUUUCUAAGUCCUGGAGUGGCCUAGCCAGUCUCCAAAUCUCAACCCCAUAGAAAAUCUGUGGAGGGACUUGAAAGUCCGUGUUGCCCAACGACAGCCCCAAAACAUCACUGCUCGAGAGGAGAUCUGCAUGGAGGAAUGGGCCAAAAUACCAGCAACAGUGUGUGAAAAGUUUGUGAAGUUACAGAAAACGUUUGGCCUCCGUUAUUGCCAACAAAGGGUACAUAACAAAGUAUUGAGAUGUACUUUUGGUAUUGACCAAAUACUUAUUUUCCACCAUGAUUUGCAAAUAAAUUCUUUAAAAAUCAAACAAUGUGAUUUUCUGUUUUUUUUUUUUUUCCACAUUCUGUCUCUCAUGGUUGACGUUUACCCUUGUUGACAAGGCCUCUCAAAUAUUUUGAAGUGGGAGAACUUGCACAAUUAGUGGUUGACCAAAUACUUAUUUGCCCCACUGUACUUCCAACUUUGACUCGAGCCAAAAUAGAUCCUCACGCUUAAAAAUGGUAACAUACAAUUUACCAAGAGAUAUUCCAACCAACAACUGCCAAAUGAAAGGUAUCUGCACUGCAAAUUUAUAACAUCACAAUCAGAUUAUUUUUCUUAAAUCUAGUCAAACAAUUUUCUCCAUUUUGUUUUGAGUGUUAAAGACUAGUUAACAGAUUAAUGUGUCAUAUUAUUCCGUUUACUUUAAGUACAUACAUACAUAUUACUCUUAUUAAGCCCAUACAUCUAAAAGCCACAGUAUUUUUUCACCUAAAUCAAGAAAAAUUUGCUUUCUA